ACAACGGGACAAUUUAAUCAGCUCCUUACAAGGAUUGAGUAUUGUACAUAGAACAUCCUGAAAAUGGAAGCUGAAAAAUCGUCAUCGUUGUUGUUAAUCAAAGAGGAAAAGAAUUUGGAGGAGGGUCUUAUUGAAAACACAGGUGAAGGCUCUUCAUUUGCAGACCCCUUCUUAGAAGUCAAGGCAGAACCAGAAUUUUUUGACCAUGGUGAAUUUGAUGUGAACUGUUCAUCCCAAUCUGUUAAGUAUGAGGAGGGCAUCUCUCCAAGCUGUGAAGAUGAAAGUGUAAAGAACUGUAUUGCAAAAGAAAGUAGACAUUUUGGCACGAGAAAUGCAUUUUCAAAAAGAGAGGAAUCCCACAUGAGAACCCAUAGAGAGAAACCGCAUACUUGUUUUAUAUGUCAAAAAAGUUUUUCUCAUUCAGCUAAUCUCAAAAAACACAUGAGAACUCAUACAGGAGAACAACCAUAUAAUUGUUCUAUAUGUCAAAAAAGUUUUUCUCGAUCAAGUGAGCUCAAAACACACAUGAGAACUCAUACAGGAGAACAACCAUAUAAUUGUUCUAUAUGUCAAAAAAGUUUUUCUCGAUCAAGUGAGCUCAAAACACACAUGAGAACUCAUACAGGAGAAAAACCAUAUAAUUGUUCUAUAUGUCAAAGAAGUUUUUCUCGAUCAAGUGAGCUCAAAAGACACAUGAGAACUCAUACAGGAGAAAAACCAUAUAAUUGUUCUAUAUGUCAAAGAAGUUUUUCUCGAUCAAGUGAGCUCAAAACACACAUGAGAACUCAUACAGGAGAAAAACCAUAUAAUUGUUCUAUAUGUCAAAAAAGUUUUUCUCAAUCAACUUAUCUCAAAACACACAUGAGAACUCAUACAGGAGAAAAACCAUAUAAUUGUUUUAUAUGUCAAAGAAGUUAUUCUCAAUCAGGUCAUCUAGAAUACCACAUGAGAACUCAUACAGGAGAAAAACCAUAUAAUUGUUCUAUGUGUCAAAGAAGUUUUUCUCGAUCAAUUGAGCUCAAAACACAUAUGAGAACUCAUACAGGAGAAAAACCAUAUACUUGCUCUAUAUGUCAAAAAAGUUUUUCUCUCUCAACUAAUCUCAAAGACCACAUGAGAACUCAUACAGGAGAAAAACCAUAUAAUUGUUCUAUAUGUCAAAAAAGUUUUUCUCAAUCAACUAAUCUCAAAAGACACAUGAGAACUCAUACAGGAGAAAAACCAUAUAAUUGUUCUAUAUGUCAAAGACGUUUUUCUCAAUCAAGUGUUCUCAAAACACACAUGAGAACUCAUACAGGAGAAAAACCAUAUAAUAGUUCUAUAUGUCAAAGAAGUUUUUAUCAAUCAAGUGUUCUCAAAACACACAUGAGAACUCAUACAGGAGAAAAACCAUAUAAUUGUUUUAUAUGUCGAAGAAGUUUUUCUCAAUCAAGUGAUCUCAAAAAACACAUGAUAACUCAUACAGGAGAGAAACCACAUGCUUGCUCUAUAUGUCAAAAAAGUUUUUCUCUAAGGAAUUAUCUCACAAGACACAUGAGAACUCAUACAGGAGAGAAACCAUAUUCUUGCUCUAUAUGUCAAAGAAGUUUUUCUCACUUAAGUAAUCUCAAAAGUCACAUGAGAACUCAUACAGGAGAACAACCAUAUAAUUGUUCUAUAUGUCAAAGAAGUUUUUCUCAAUCAAAUGUUCUCAAAACACACAUGAGAACUCAUACAGGAGAAAAACCAUAUAAUUGUUCUAUAUGUCAAAGAAGUUUUUCUCUGUUAGGUACUCUCAAAACUCACAUGAGAACUCAUACAAACGUCCUGAAAAUGGAAGCUGAAAAAUCGUCAUCGUUGUUGUUAAUCAAAGAGGAAAAGAAUUUGGAGGAAGGCCUUAUUGAAAACAAAGGUGAAGGCUCUUCAUUUGCAGACCCCUUCUUAGAAGUCAAGGCAGAACCAGAAUUUUUUGACCAUGGUGAAUUUGAUGUGAACUGUUCAUCCCAAUCUGUUAAGUAUGAGGAGGGCAUCUCUUCAAGCUGUGAUGAUGAAAGCGUAAAGAAGAUCUGUAUUGCAGAAGAAAGUAGACAUUUUGGCAAGAGAGAUGCAUUUUCAAAAAGAGAGAAAUCCCACAUGAGAACCCAUAGAGAGAAACCACAUACUUGUUCUAUAUGUCAAAAAAGUUGUUCUCAUUCAAGCGAUCUCAAAAAACACAUGAGAACUCAUACAGGAGAGAAACCACAUGCUUGCUUUAUAUGUCAAAAAAGUUUUUCUCUCUCAACUAAUCUCAAAAAACACAUGAGAACUCAUACAGGAGAGAAACCAUAUACUUGCUCAACAUGUCUAAGAAGUUUUUCUCAAUCAAGUGAUCUCAAAACACACAUGAGAACUCACACAGGAGAGAAACCACAUGCUUGUUCUAUAUGUCAAAAAAGUUUUUCUCAAAGAAAUGAUCUCACAAAGCACAUGAGAACUCACACAGGAGAGAAACCAUGUAUUUGCUCUCUAUGUCAAAGAAGUUUUUCUUUUGAAAGUAGUCUCAGAAAACACAUGAGAAGUCAUAUGGGAGAGAAACCAUAUAGUUGCUCUAUAUGUCAAAGACGUUUUGCUGCAUCAAGUGGUCUUAAAUAUCACAUGAGAAUUCAUAUGGGAGAGAAACCAUAUACUUGCUCAACAUGUCAAAGAAGUUUUUCUCAAUCAAGUCAUUUAAAAACUCACAUGAGAGAUCAUACAGGAGAGAAACCUUAUAGUUGCUCUACAUGUCAAAGACGUUUUCCUUUUGAAAGUGGUCUCAAAAGUCACAUGAGAACUCAUACAGGAGAAAAACCAUAUAAUUGUUCAAUAUGUCAAAGAAGUUUUUCUCAAUUAGGUAAUCUUAAAACUCACAUGAGAACUCAUACAUGAGAACCUUUCACUUUGUAUAUCAAAGAGGUUUUUCUCAUCAAAGUAAUUUCAAAAGAAUUCACACAAGGUAGAAACUGUAUACUUGAUCUCUGUCCAAGGUGUCUGGCCUCAAAUCUUGCAACUCAGUUUUCAACCUGUGCCAUUCAUCCAGUGGACUUGAAAUUUUGCUUGGUUACUCAAUCCCCGUGACAAUACAGUGGAUCCCCAGUAUUUGCUGAUGUGUAUUAGACCCCUGCCUAUGUUGUCAGUUCAAACACAAGAAAAUCCUUCUAAAAAUGCUUGUACCUGAUUAUUUUAAUAUGUUUAUUGCAAAAAGUGCAUUUAGUCUUGAAAUUGAUGUGGAAAUCCAGUAUCUAGUAAAUAUUUCUCGGUCAAAAAUAUGUGAAUAGGCGAAUUUCCCACAAAUAAUGAGUUGAUAUAGUCCAAAGAAAAAUCCACGAAUUCAGGGGCUUGGUUGUUCAACCUCUACUGACCCUACAGUGACCUCUACCAGUAUCUCAGGAUUUGUAUGAAAAAAUAAGUUUUUGAAACACACCAUGAUUUUCUAACAAUCAAUCAUGCCUACAACAAUGAGGGCAUGGGCCCCAAACAUGGAAGGAAAUGCUAAAAAAUAUAUAUAUUUUUUGUUAUUGUAGUCGCUGUCUCGUCUUCAUGUACUGUCCUUUCCAUGGUCUAUCCAGAGCUCCAUGGCAACCAGACUAAUGUCAAAGAAUUCUCUUAACUGGUUUUGUGGCUGGGUAGUGUGCCGUAAUGAUAACCAUUAUAACGUGAUAGAGUAAAAUGGACUCAUUAUCAGCGGGCACUUUCUAUUAUCAUCGGUGAACAAUAAUACCCAGUCUACCUAUGUCAAAACUGCAAGAAGAAGAAGUGGUCAUUCGCAUAUGCAUCGUCAUAUUGUUUACAUACGACCAAUAUCUGACCAAGCCAUCAUUCCAUUUUUGGUUGCUCAAGUAACCAGAGCUCAGAGAAGUCCGUUCUACAGUUAUUGAUUCAGCUAAGUGUAUAAUUUCAAGUUCCAGUUAAGAAUUUUUAGUUUAGACUAUGGAGCUAUAUUUCACCAGCACACGUGGGCACUUCUUGCAUUUUGUAAUCAUUAGCUAUUUGUAGGAGUGAAAAUUGUUUUGGAGAAUUUAUUAUUCUAUUUAGAAAUUUUAUCUAAAGAAAUGUUCCGCAAUUAUUAUUAAAUAAAUAUAGAUAAUCCUUUCAGACAGGGCCAUUUCUAGCUAUGUGGGGGCCCUAGAUAGAUAGGUACUUCAUUUAUCCACGAGGGGUUUGUCAAACUGUGAUGAAGCAAAUCCUAGCCCUUUAGUUGGUUUACUAAGAUACAAGAAACUAUUACACUUCACAUUUAUUUAUUUCACAUCUGUUUCAAAGUGCAAAGAUAAUAAAAAAAACAACACUUAAAAUAAUGCUUAAUUAACAUCACAGUUACACAUAGCAGAGAAACAUCUAAUAUUUCAUAUUCACAGUAACAAUGUAUUAUCUUCAAAAUGUCUGCUUCCUGGCUUUUUUACUCACAAACUCAUGAAUGUUGUCCUUAUAUGACACCUGCUUGCCAACCUCAUGGUUGAUGACUAUUAUAGCAAGACCAGUGAGUCGAUCCUGUCCCAUGGAAGACCUUAGAUAGGUCUUGAUAAGCUUCAGCUUUGAGAAGCUCCUCUCUGCUGAGGCCGCCAUAGCCACAGGCAGAGUGCAGGCGAUUCUCAGGGCAACCCACAGAUUGGGAUACAGUUCCUCCAAAUUUUUUUGUGGAUAAAGGUGAGGAGCUCAAGAGCAGUUAUGUCAUCUGACGGUAAGCUUGGCAAGUUUUUUACUUCCAUUGCCAGUUCCUUUCCAUCAAUAUUACUUUCAUUUCCAGCGCUUAAUGUCAUACAGAGGUUGUCACACUGGUUGCUCAAUGCCUAAUCAUCCAGUUUUUGGAAACUGAGCAGCACUCCAAAUCUGUCUCGCACUUCACCCAGUGUUUCAAACCUAUCAGUUAAGGAUUCAAUGGCUUUGUCAACAACAAAAUUAAAGAAUAUUGCUUUUAGCCUCUUCAUGACAUCUGCAAUGGGCUCAUCUGGGGCUUCAUAAGCAAAGUGCGUUUUUGUGCUUUUUAAACUUUUCUCUUUGACUACAACCUCUGCAUUCAUUUCCUCAUACAUGUCUGAGCUGAAGCAAAGCCAGUUCUUCUCUAGUUAGUCAGAGAUGUUUUUGCUUUAGUGAGGAGGUCAACUGCCACAUCAAGCCCCAUUGUGGGAGACUGCAGGAGUGCUGACAUGGUUCACAUUGUGUAGAAUGUCAUACCAUACGACUGUGCAAAUGAUAAAUCGGUAUGACCUCACCUCUUCUGCCAAAGUUUGGGCUUCAACCUUGGUCAGAGGGUCUGUCACUUCCCUGAUCUUCAGCAAAGCUUCCCUUAUAUUAGAGGCCUGGUACCACACAGCCUCUAUGCUGUUAAUACGGCUCUCCCACCUUGUGUCACUCCAAGUCUUUAGUGGAACAGGGACACGUUCCCUUAGGAUUGCAGAAAUAGCUGAUGGCAUCUGUUGAAGCUGUUCUGCAUCAGAUACCACCAAAUUUAGGGAAUGUGCCCCACGUGGAACUUAAAGUGCACAAGGGUUCUUCUCAAGAAGUCUGGCUGGAACCCCUUUGUUCCUCCCUUUCAUGUUGGCACCAUUAUCAUAUGAUUGUCCUUUGCAGUCAUCAAAGGGAAUAUUCAGCUUCAUUAGUUUCUUCAAAAUCAAUGAUGACAAAUCAAGACCUGUUUUUUUAGAAGCUACGAUAAAUCCCAUAAAAUGUUCCUUGAUUUCUGGUGCUUUCUCGAUUUUAACAGUCCUUAUGAUAAUUGACAUCUGUUCUUGGUGGCUUACAUCAGGAGUACAGUCCAAAAUGAUUGAAUAAUAUUUGGACUGUUUAAUCUCAGUCACUACUGUGUCCAUUAUUUUCCCACUGAUUGUAGCAAUAAGUUUAUUUUGGAUGAUAUUUCCAAGAUAGCUGAAAUGACUGAAAUGUCCACUCUCAACACACUCAAUGUGCUGCUACAUGACAGGAUCAAAUUCAGCAAGCAAAGGGAAACUUCAACUUUUCAUCGGGGGCCCCUAGGUGGCUUGGGGAAUUUAAAUUUUCCAAGCUACCCAGGGGGCCCCUGGUGGCUUGGGGUCCCUAGGCAAUCGCCUAGUCCACUUAUAGCUAGAAACGGCCCUGCUUUCAGUUUCAGAUAACAAUAUCGGCAAUAGGCUACAAGGCAAUAGCCUACAGUCUACAUCAAU